AUGCCCCGCCAAAGGCAACCCGCUCGGUUCUCGAGCGAAGCUCCCUCCGAAUCUUCGACCUCGUCGACGUCCCCGGAUCGCACCGCGGACGAAGAUACCGACUUCUUCACAGCCCAGGCAAAUGACUCGCAAUCGUCGGUCGGCGUCGCGACCCGUGACGCCCAUCCCCACCAUGACACCGACUUGGACCUGCCGCCGAUCGGGCGUCUACCCCCGGAGAUUCUCAUCGCCAUCUUCGCGAAAUUGUCCUCGCCCUCCGACAUGUUGAGCUGCAUGCGCAGCAUCACAGCCUCAGUGGGCAAAUCAGACAGCUUCUUUCCGUACUCGCAGCUGAUCCGGAGACUCAACCUCUCUGCGCUAACGGACGACGUCAGCGAUGGCACUGUCGUGCCCUUUGCCCAGUGCAACCGCAUCGAGCGUCUCACGUUGACCAACUGCUCGAAACUCACGGACAAGGGUGUAUCGGACUUGGUGGAAGGCAAUCGGCAUCUGCAGGCUUUGGAUGUCUCUGAUCUGCGGCAUCUUACGGAUCAUACCUUGUACACGAUAGCUCGGAACUGUGCGCGGCUACAGGGCCUCAAUAUUACGGGAUGCGUCAAUGUAACGGACGACUCGUUAAUUACGGUGUCUCGGAAUUGUCGACAAAUUAAAAGGUUGAAAUUGAAUGGUGUAACGCAGGUCACCGACAAGGCCAUCAUGUCGUUCGCCCAGAGUUGCCCGGCCAUCCUGGAGAUUGACCUGCAUGACUGUAAGCUUGUCACCAACCCGUCGGUGACCUCGCUCAUGACGACGCUCCAAAACCUGCGCGAGCUGCGACUAGCCCAUUGUACAGAAAUUGACGACACGGCUUUCCUCGAGCUGCCCCGGCAGCUGUCGAUGGACAGUCUUCGCAUCCUCGACCUGACGUCAUGCGAGAGCGUCCGGGACGAUGCCGUUGAGCGCAUCGUGGCUGCAGCCCCGCGUCUACGAAAUCUGGUACUGGCCAAGUGUCGGUUCAUCACCGAUCGUGCGGUCUGGGCCAUUUGCCGCCUCGGCAAGAAUCUACACUAUGUCCACUUGGGCCACUGCUCCAACAUCACCGAUGCCGCAGUGAUCCAGCUGGUCAAAUCCUGCAACCGCAUCCGGUAUAUCGAUUUGGCCUGCUGCAUUCGUUUGACGGACACGAGCGUGCAGCAGCUGGCCACGUUGCCCAAGCUGCGGCGAAUUGGCUUGGUCAAAUGCCAGAAUAUCACGGACAAUAGCAUUCGCGCCUUGGCAGGAUCCAAGGCGGCCCACCAUUCGGGGGGAGUCAGUAGCUUGGAGCGGGUGCAUCUGAGUUACUGCGUUCGCCUGACGAUUGAGGGAAUCCAUGCUUUAUUGAAUAGUUGUCCGCGACUGACACAUCUGAGUCUGACGGGCGUCCAGGCCUUCCUGCGGGAAGAGCUGACGGUCUUCUGCCGCGAGGCACCUUCCGAGUUCACGCAUCAACAACGGGAGGUGUUCUGCGUGUUCAGCGGCGAGGGCGUCAACCGUCUGCGCGAUUUCCUGAACCGCAUCAUUCCGCCUCCUCCGCCGACGCGGGACAUGACCGAGGCCACAAUGUAUGAUGAUGAUGAAGAGCUAGAGGACGAGGAAAACCAGGUGACGGGCUUGAUGCAUGCGACCGCCGCGACGGCCAUUCAUGACGACGACUACAUUGACAUUGGACAUACCCAUGGAUGGCAGAGCGACCAUGUGCAUGGACGGAGAAGUAACUUUAUGGUACAACGUCACUUUCCCCACCGCCUUCCCGCCCACUUGAUCAUCAAUCAAUCGGCGUCUCCUCACUUCCUCCGCAUCGCUGCUCCAACACCAACCCAGCAUUCCUGCACCAAUCCACUGGCCUUCACCCGCUGGCCCGUCACCCUGAUCACCGCCGUCGUCUAUCUCGCCUUCCUCAUCCCACUGCUUAUCGUGCAUCAUGUCGUCCCCUCGCCUCCAACCGCCAACCCCAAUGGUCUCGACCUCACCCAAGCCUGGGCCGAUCUCCAAGUCCUAACCGACGGCUUCCACCCCUACAACUCCCGUCGCAACGACGAAGUCCACACCUGGCUCCUGCAACGCAUCCACGAGAUCCUCGACGCCGCGCCCCCCGCCGACCAGUACCUCUCCGUCGAUGAGGAGAAGCCGAAACCCGCCGUCUUCGUCUUCGACGAUACGCAAUCCAACCUCUCCUUCGUCGGCAACUCCCUGUCAAGCUCCAACACCGCCGUUUACUUCGAGGGCACCAACAUCCUCGUCUACAUCCGCGGAUCGGACGAUGAUCCCGAGAACUGGUGGGAGGAACCCAACGGUGUGCCCUCCGGCAAGGGCGGCGUGCUGGUCAACGCCCACUACGAUAGCGUCUCGACGGGAUACGGCGCCACCGAUGAUGGUGUCGGUGUUGUGACUUGCUUGCAGCUGAUUCAGUACUUCAUGACGCCGGGCCAUGCGCCGCGGAGGGGCUUGGUCGUGCUGCUGAAUAACGGUGAGGAGGAUUAUCUGAAUGGUGCGCGCGUGUACGGCCAGCAUCCGAUCGCCAAGUUUCCGCAUACCUUUCUCAAUCUGGAGGGUGCUGGGGCUGGCGGUCGUGCUAUCCUCUUUCGCAGCUCCGAUACCGAGGUCACCCGUCCGUAUAUGAGUUCUAAGUACCCGUUUGGAUCGGUGUUGGCGGCGGAUGGCUUCGCUACGGGUCUCAUUGGUAGUCAGACCGAUUAUGUGGUGUUUGAGGGGGAUUUGGGGCUGCGGGGACUGGAUGUUGCGUUUAUGGAGCCGAGGGCUAGGUAUCAUACUGAGCAGGAUGAUUCGAGGCAUACGAGUAAGAGCUCCCUGUGGCAUAUGUUGUCUGCGGCGGUUGCGACUACCGAGGGGCUGGUCUCGGAUAAGAGCGAUCAGUUUGAGGGCGCGCCGACGGAUGAUGCAAAGGUUGCGAGUGGGUCGGGGUCGAAGGCUGUGUGGUUCGAUCUGUUUGGGACUACUUUCGUUUUGUUUGAGUUGCAUACGCUCUUUGCGCUGUCGGUGACGCUGCUUGUUGUUGCGCCGCUGGCUUUGCUGGUGACGGGCAUUGCGCUCACCCGCGCGGACAAGAUGUAUCUGUUUAGGACGUCUGCGAAGGCGGAUGAGAGCCUGGACUCGGUUCCUCUGCAGGGUCUACGGGGUUUCUUCCGAUUUCCGUUCCUGUUUGCGAUCCCUACGGCGGUCACUGUUGGUUUGGCGUAUCUGGUGACCAAGGUUAACCCGCUGAUCAUCCACAGCAGCGAGUACGCCGUCUGGAGUAUGAUGCUGUCUGCCUGGACCUUUUUGGCAUGGUUUGUCUCGCGGAUGGCUGACUUUGCUCGCCCGACUGCGCUGCACCGCAUUUACACCCUGACCUGGAUGUUCGUGCUUGCCUGGGUGCUCCUCGUCAUCUCCACCGUUUACCAGAACCAACGGGGCCUGGCCGGCAGCUACUCGGUCUUCUUCUUCUUUUCCGGCACCUUCCUCGCGACCUGGAUCUCCUACCUAGAGCUCUUCUCCUUGCCGCGAAAGUCAGAGUACGCGAACCAAAACCGGCCGACGUCUCGCCGGGCCAGCAGCUACGGCGGCAGUCGGCUAGGCACAGCGUCAGGCGAAGACCACGAGGAAGACGACCACGACGCCGAAGAGGAAGAGGAGGAGCAGGAGCCCACUGAAUCGACCUCCCUGCUCGGAGGCGGCCAGCGCACCACCUUCGCCAACUACGUCCGCGUCUCCGGCGACCAUCGCGACUCCGACACCGACCACCACUACUACCCAGGCGUCUACAAGCACGAGCAACGCUGGAGCGCCUCGCUCCCAACCUGGACCUGGACACUGCAAUUCCUCCUCAUGGCCCCCCUAGUCCUCAUCAUGGUCGGGCCUCUCGCCCUCCUCCUCACCAGCGCCCUCCACCAAACCGGCCAAGACGGCAGCUCCUCCCUAUUCAUCUACGUCGCCAUCGCAGCCCUAACCACAUUCCUCCUCACGCCUCUCCUCCCCUUCAUCCACCGCCACACCUACCACCUCCCUGUCUUUCUCCUGCUCGUCUUCCUCGGCACCCUAAUCUACAACCUCGUCGCCUUCCCCUUCUCCCCAACCAACCGCCUCAAACUCUUCUUCAUCCAAGACAUCGACCUCUCCACCGGCUCCACCACCGCCUCCCUCGCCGGCGUCCAACCCUACGUCCACGCCGCCGCAUCCACCCUCCCCAGCACCGCCAACCAAAACAUCACCUGCACCGAACACACCACCCGCGGCACCAAAUGCGCCUGGCCGGGCCUCGCCCCGCGCGUUGUCCCAGACACGCCAUACUCCGACUGGCUCGACUUCACCAUCUCCCAGCAACACAACACCACCGAUGACAAAGAUGGAGAUGAAGAUACCCACCACCCAAGGAAAGCCCGUAUCACAUUAUCAGGCCGCAACACCCGCGCCUGCAAACUCCUCUUCGACUCGCCUAUCUCUUCUUUCGCCGUCCUCGGCUCAUCCACCGACCCCCGCUUCCCGACUUCUUCUCCCCACGGCACGAAAGAAAUCCGCCUGUGGAGUAGAGAGUGGGAGAAUGAGUGGGUCGUGGAUGUUGCUUGGACUACCUCUACGAAUGAUGAUAGUGAAGAAGGAGAAGAAGGAGAAGGAAAGUUGAAUGGGAAAGCAGUCUGUCUCUGGAGUGACAACAACUCGGCGGGCUUUGCGCCGUCUUGGGUGGCGGUUAGUAAGGCUGCGGAUGGGUUGGUGGAGGGGUGGAAGGGGUUUAGCAUCUGA